GUGUACAGCAAACUGUUUACAAACAUUAGAUUUUUCGGAGUUUUGUCCGUUUUGUCAAGAUUUUUGAAUUUAGUAUUUGAGUUGAGUAUUGUAGCAGUGAGGCUACUAAGUGGAACAUAAUGGAUUGUUGUCGAGUUUGCCUGGCGGAUGAAGCGGAUGUCUUUAUGUCAUUAUUUUCCAAAUCCGAACAAGUAUCGAUCGCGGAAAUGGUGAACGAGUUGACCGGUUUGAAGAUUUCAAAGGGAGACGGUCUUCCUCGGUUUAUUUGCAAAGAGUGUUCGGAGGAAAUUCAGAAAUGCUACAGGGUUAGGCUUAAAUGCUUGGAAUCCGACAAGAAAUUACGACACACCCUUGAAAAAACGCAUCAAAAGAUUAGAAUAGUCGAGUUCUAUCUUCAGCAGGAAAUACAUAGAGGAGAAACAUCUUGCGCAGGGAAGACACCGGAUAGUAUUUCAGCUGAAGUUUUGAAUAAUGUUGUUCGGGAUGAUAAACUUAUGGAAAUGUUGAGCUCGAAAGAUCCAGUGGAUGUUCCUGUGGGGCCCGACUCAACUGCUGUAGCUGAAACGGCUUCUGAGGAUGUCGAGCCAUUAAGUCCGAGUAAUAUUUGUAUUAAACAAGAAAACAGCAUCGAUUUAAUUAUUAAACUAGAUGAUAAGGAAGAGGGAACUGAAAACAAAAUACUAGAAGAGGAGGUUGAGGCACUUGAAGAAGUUGCAGCAGCUUCGUUUGUUGAAGAGGAAUCUACUUCGAACUUAAAUGCUAGUUCAACCGAGAAUGAGGAAGCUUGUAGCACUUCAAAUCAGAACAUGGUAGAGGAAGAACUGGAAUAUUCAGAAGUAUAUUUAGAUAUGACAGAUGACAGCCCGGAAGGAGCACAGUACAAUAUCGUAACUGAAGGCGAAGAUGAUGUAGAAGAUGACACGAUUGUUGGCAAAGCCGAAUCAGAGCACUCUCAAGAGGGAAAUGCUGGUAAAUCCAUAUGCUGUGGUUGCCAAAUGGUAUUCAGUUCUAAUGCAGAGCUUGCACAGCAUUCCAAUGAUGAGCAUGGAAAAAUGAGACUGAAGCAUAGUGCUAAACCGUUCGAGUGUGAUGUUUGCUUCAAACGUUUCCUCAGUGAGGCUCGAUUACUAAUACACAAGAAUGAUGUAUAUCGCGAGAAAAAUCAUGUUUGUGACAUGUGUAACGCCCGCUUUUCUUGUCGCGGCUCUUUACUAAACCAUAAAAAAACUCACGCCGAAAGAACUUACUUCUGCGAAGAUUGCGACAAAUCUUUCCACACCUGUAGCACGUUAAAGUCCCACCGCUUGCUACAUACUAAUAAUAAGCAGUACAAAUGUCUAGCGGAAAACUGUGACAAGACUUUUCGCAGAAUUUCUGACCUGCACAUUCAUCUGGUCUCUCAUUCCGAUGAACGCCCGUUCGAAUGUGAAACAUGCUCUAGACGUUUCAAAUCGAAAGCCCACUUAGUACACCAUGGUAAAGUCCAUACCAAAGAGAAGCCCUACAAAUGUAACAAGUGCGACAAAGCUUUCGGGACGUACUCGGCCCGCAAGUUUCAUCAAUUCGGUCACGAAGGAAUUCAUCCAUAUAAGUGCAUUUAUUGCGAUAAGACUUAUCAACGUAACGCAAAACUUCAAGUUCACAUCCGUCGCAUCCAUACCGGUGAGCGUCCGUUCGCCUGUGAUAUGUGCGACGAUGCUCGAUUCUACCAGAACUCCGAGCUAACUGCCCACAAAAGACAGUUUCACAACCUGGAUAUAAAUAAUGAACGGACUCAGAAGGAAGCGGAAGGGGAGGAGGAUGAAGAUGUGGAAAUGGAAGAUGAAUAGGAUAUAGAGAAGCGAAUUGUACCAUAAAGCAUAACAGUUCAUAGUUUGUGAUGUAUAUAAUAUAUUAAAUAGAUUAUAUACUGUACGGAAACUAGAAUAUAUUUUGCUAAAUCAUCAACUUAAAAA